UUCCACUCACCCCCGUUGCUACUUGUGUUGCAGGUCUCGUCGACCGCUAGUCACCGCGGCCUCAACCACACUUUCACCUCAUGCGACCCUAAAGCUGCAGUCACUCCACCUCGUCCGACGCCUGUUCCCCUAUAACUCUCACCCACCACUGUCAUCUGUUUCCACCGCCCUGCAGUGAACAUGCGCGAGGUCAACUUCAGCAUCCCGAAUGCCAACAAGGCCUCUGUUGGCAUCACCACUGCCCUCUAUGAUCGCCGGGCUCUCGAUUGCACCUCCACCCUCCCUCUCAUCAACUCGCUAAAUCAUCUCGCCUAUCUGACAACCUCAUCUGCCCGGAUACGCGACAUCCUCACCGUCGAUGGCGGCAUCGAAAGGCUCGUAUGCAUCCUCAAGGAAGGACGGACCAAGGACAUGAUGGAAAUGUGGAAGUGGAACCUGGCAUUCCAAUGCAUCUUCAACAUUGGCGUGCGGGGAUCGGAGAGUGUCCGCACGCGAGUUGUUGAAGCGGAUAUCGUACCGGUCAUUGCGACUAUUCUGGACAACUACAUCACCGUAGUCGACAAGUGCAGAGAGAAGGCUGACAGAGAUCUGAAAAGAGAGGCCCGUUAUGGCAGUUCCAGCAGACAUCACUCCUCCCGCUCCGGAGAAGGUUCCUCGGGUUCAUCUCAUCGGUCCGAGCGUAACAGGCGCGCGAUACCUCCCCCCAUCGAGAUUCCUCUGCCCGUGGAUCGAACUCAGCUGGACCCACCCAACGGAGAUCUCGCUGUUACUCCAGCCUUCCCAUUGAGCUCUCCGCCCGAGCGAACCACCUUCACCCGUCGCACCCACCAUCAUCACAAUCACCAUCGCACCCACGAGAGGGAGAAUCAGGUUUUCUCGACCAUGACUGGCGGCGCCCGCCAUAUCCCUCAGCCUCUAAACACCGCCCUCCCCACUAUGGAGACUACAGAGUCCUUCCCUCUGCGCCCGGUGCGUGAUGUCGAUCGGCUUCCUUCUAUGCUCCCCACUUUCCACGGCGAGAUUACCUCUCAACCCGAGUCGCCUACAACUCCGAACGCUGGCCUUGGUCGUCAAGCCGCAUUACCCGCUACCCACUUAGCGCCACCCCGUCGCCCGUCAAUUCGUCACCAGCUGUCCAUGUCUGGAGAAUCGGAUUUCGAUACCCAGUUAGAGGAUGCCUCCAUCGAAGCUACUGCUUUGGCUACACCUGGCGGUAAUGAGCCCAUUGUCGGCAUUCAGAAUGACAUGAACAUCACAGACAUGGUGGAGGAUGCAGAAAUGCUCGACGCUGGCGCCACUCCCGUCGCCCUGGCUUCUGAAGGAACGGACAACAAUCAAGAGACCUUCAAUAUUACCCACCGGCCAGCCCUGGACGGCAGUUUGGUCAACCCAGCGAACACUCAAACCGCCGUUCCAAUGGGCGGCUUCUCGCCCGUGCAGCCUGCCAUCAAUGUUGUAACUGCGAAUGCUCCACCGCCAUGGUAUCCCCGCAAUCCGCAGGACCGCAGCGCCUUGGCAUGGCAGUCGAGCGCUGUGCUGGCCGCGAUGCCGCGUGACGAAGACGUUCUUAUGUCCCUUCAGCUGUUGGCCUACGUCUCCAAGUACUGCAAUCUACGGUCCUACUUCCAGAAAUCGCAUCUCGUCCCGAAGCUGAAGAUAGGUGCGGAUCUGCAGCUGCUGGACGGUGAAGCGUCCAGCCCCGUCCCGGUGUCGGAAGAGGAAGAGUUGGAGGAGUAUGAACUGCCCGAUGACUUCAACAUCUUCCCUCUGGUGGAGAAGUUCACGGUGCGGCACCACAGCCCAGACAUGCAGUAUUGGGCUAGCGUGGUCAUGCGAAACCUCUGCCGCAAGGACGACUCGCGCGGUGGCAUCCGACAAUGCGCAUAUUACAAGUGCGGGAAGUGGGAAGAAUACGCACGGCAGUAUGCUAAGUGCCGCCGCUGCCGACGCACCAAGUACUGCAGCAAGGAAUGCCAGAAGAGCGCCUGGGUGUUCCAUAGGCACUGGUGUGUCGCUGCGACAUAGGCCGGGGGCCGCAUUAUAAUUCCUUACCCACGUCAUCAUCAUUCAUCAUCG